AGGAAGCAAGUUAAGAAGCUAAACAAUGAGUUCCAUAGGUGAGAAUGUAGACGACAGGAUUAGCAGGUUGCCUGAAGAUAUUGUUUCACACAUACUCUCUCUAAUGCCUAUGAAAUUUGCUGUGCGAACUAGCAUUCUAUCUAAAAGAUGGAGAUAUAGCUGGAUGUUUGUCAUGAAUCUCGACUUUGGAGAAAUUCACACCAUGGAUAGUCUACAUAGCUUGACUAUAAUUGUUGACCGGAUUCUAAAGUUUUGCACGCCAUCCCAAGUCAAAUUAUUCCGAUUACGCUUUCCUGUAAUUUGUGCUCGAGUGUCACGUGUUUCAAAUUGGAUUGAUGAGGCAGUCAGGUUAAAGAUUAGUGAGCUUGACUUACAGGUUCAUCAACUUCAGUUGCCUCCAAGCAUGUUCACUUGCAAGACUCUCACAAAAUUAAGAUUAUAUCCUAGUUACUAUGAUAGUGAGAAUGUUUGGGAGUUUAAGUGUCCGGUCAAUCUUCCUUGUUAUUUCUAAUCCUUCUGUCAAUGCAUUUAAACUCAUCGGUGGUUGUCCAAUGCUUGAAAACUUAUCUUUGGAAGUAACAUGGGGCACAUAUGAAAAAGAUUACGUAUUCAACAUCCCAACUUUGAAACGACUGAAACUGACAUGGGCCAAAUGUUCAACACGUUUUCACAAAGUUAUAUUAAACGUACCUAAUCUUGAAUAUUUAUUUGUCGGUGGAGUAUUGUGUUCGUCUUUUGUAGUGGAAGACGUGUCAUCUCUGGUUGAGGCAUGUUAUGUGGUUUGAGCUUAUAAACGGAAUAAAUGGAGUUAAAUCUCUAUCAGCUGUAAAUACAACUCACCUUAUUGACUUCGACAUCCCAUUCACUUCACCUUUUGGAGUUGAAUCUCUUCCCAUCUUUCCGAAUAUGAACCGCUUGGAGUUGAAGGGUUUUUGGCAUUCUGGACUAAUCCCUCAAUUUCUUGAAAGUUGUCCUGAGCUGAAACAUUUGUGCAUUGAAAAAGUAGUUGACCGGUGUAUGAAGAAGCAUGAAGAAUAUAGCUGGGUUAAACCAGAGGUGGUUCCGGCCUGUGUGGUAACAAAACUUACAACCAUCAAGUUCUCAAUGUGCGAGCGGUCGGAAUGUGAUCCAGCGUUUCUAAAACACCUGUUGUGGAAAUGUGAUCUACCGGUUCUAAAAUACAUGUUGCAGAACGCAGAGAUGUUGAAGUUGGUAACAAUCACUUGGGAAAACUCGAGCAUAGAAAAAGAAACGCUGUCGUGCGCAAUGUUGCUUAAGCUUCUUCCGAGGGCUUCUAGAUAUUGUGAGAUUUACUUUCAAUGAAACUGGUCUCAUAAUACAUUUAUGCAAUGAACAUGAUAUACAUAUGUAUUAUGCCAUGUGCGUGUACUCGGUCUUCUCUUCUAGAACUAUAAACUAUCUAUGUUAAUUUUACAAUGGUGAUUUAAUUGUCA